ACGAGGUUUUAGGGUUUUUUGUAGCAAUGAAGGAGAUAGGCGCCAUGAAGGCGCUGGCGUGGUACCGGGAGCUCGACAUGGAUUAUCGAUCCUUGAAAACAGGUCUGAUCGAUUUCUUUCUCUUCCCACCGCAGCAUUCGACUCCUUCGAUCUCUCUCUCAGGUGGACAAUGCGAGGCGAUCAUGAAUCUAGCCCCGCGGCUGCUGCAGUGGAGCCUGGAGCCCCCGGCUAACCAGGCCGCCGCCGAUCACUUUGGGCUGGAUCCCGGCCAGGACCUAGCGUCCGCCAACGCGAUCUUCUCGCGGCUCGCGGACUCUUUCAAGAAUGGCAGCAAUGUCAUCCGGCUGUGCAUUCUCAAGGUACUUCUCUAUGUGUACAGAGGCCACAGGAAGGCCAGGACGUCGACUAAGUCCUUGCUUAGCGGUGAAAGGAUCUCCGACUACGUCGAGGUGUUGAAGAAGGUGAAGACCGUUGCUAGGAGCACCGAUCUCACAGCUCGGUGUCUCGCCAUCCGGGCUCUUGGAUGCUUGGCUCAGCUCGACUGUGAUAGCAGUGACUUGCAUCGGCUUGUUCUACUGUCGAUGGACUCCACUCACGAGCAGGAGGUGGAGGCUGCAUUCUUUGCCGCGGGGUGUUUCUCCGAGAACUCGCCAUCUUUUGCUGCUAUGUGCUCCAGAAAGCUGAAGGAUGUAUUGGAAACAUCAACUAGCCUCGACUUUGCGGCAAUUCGUGUUUUGUCCAAAAUGUGGAUAUCAUCUGCAGUGGCGGCUGACGUUCACAAGUUUGGAGAAGAGAUGCUGCUUAAGCAUCCCAACGACGAGGUUGCAAAGGUGACGCUAGCUGCUCUGAGCAACCUCGCCGGGAAGGCGAAAUUAUUACUUCCAUCUCACGUUCGUCUGCUACUGGAGUAUGCCAAUUCGGAUCGUGGAGCGUCUGUCCAGAUGCUUUCGCUGGUUUAUCUGACCAAGUUAUUACCUCAAUCGAUAUAUUACUUGGAAUCUGUGGAGCAGGAGCUUGUGCCGCUCUUUACAGUGGUCAAAGAUACGAACAAGCCUUCCGUGAUACGCUGCCAAGCUUUGCGUCUUCUUCAAAAGGUGGCAACGAAUUAUCCUAUAGAAUGUUUGAGCCAAUUCAUUUCUCUCGGGGAAGUGAAUUCUCAAGACGGACAGUGGUCUGUCAGUUUUCAAGCGCUCCGCCUGCUCGUAGAGCUUGUUUGCAAGCUUGAGCGCUCCAGACAACCAUCGGACUCGGAAGUUACUGAACUCUUGAAGAAGAUAUCUUCGCUACUUUGCCAUCGUCUUAUCACGUCUCCUGAUGGUGCUGCCGUUCAUUGCUACCGUUUGACUCUGAGACUGGUCGUAAACUCUACGAAAGCCUGCUAUAUUCUUGUGGAAUCUCUUGCUCAGAAGCUUCAGUCCACUAUCACGAAGGACGAAGAACAAAACGACGUCUCCGGCGAUACUGUCAUGCGUGACGCGACCGACGAUUCAUCAAAUAUAACUCUACUGGAGCCUACUUGUCGCUGCUUACUUAUCUGUGCGACAAACCUGGAUUUGAACGACUCGAAGAUGACCACCAUUUGCGAGCGGGUCACACGGGUUUCUCAGCUCCUGAGCUCUUCCGGUGCUUACGAUAAAGCCUACAUGGGCCUACUUCCAGCGGUUUUCAAAGUAUCUCUGCUUGAAGGUUUAGAUACUCCAGAGUACGCGCAACAAGCUGCCGAGGCAUUGGUGCAGUCAUCGAAGUUCUGGCCUGCAUAUAAACUUGCAAAGACCGCCUGCAUCUUUGGACAGUGGGACAUCGCCGAAGGCAUUUACCGAGUUAUCUGCGAUGUAGUCACGUCCGAGGCGUGCUAUUUCUGGCUCAAGGCUCUUUUACAGCUAUGCUCCGCUGAAAAGCUCUGGUCUAAAACAGCAGGAGACGCAGGAAACGCGACAUUUGUGGAAACAGGUUGUCAAUCUCUACAGAUGCUAAAAUCAUCGGUAAAAUCAUUGGAAGCCGGAGUUCAGCUGGACAGGUCUAUAGAGUUUGAGUUUCAACGUCGGUUUGUGAGGCUUCGAAUCCGACUAUUGCAAAUCAUGAUGGAAGCUGUCGCGCUUUGCAACUCGGUUCUUCAACAUCAGCGUGUACAUGGCGGGGAUCUUACUGCCAAGGGACUUCUUUUGACCUGUUACGGAAAGGCGCAGCUGAUUGCGUCAGACUUUCAGGCUCUCGCUGGGGAUUUCUACAUCUUAAGUAUUUCCUUCAUCGGCAUUGACAACGGCAGCCUGGAACUUUUAUACGCCAGGAUGUUUGAAUCCUCUCUCCUGGCGUUUUGUACAGCUUUUGCGUUUCUACCAUGGCCCAGAGACACUUGCAACGGUUUGAAACGCUCGAGGACGACGGCUUUCAGUUUCACUUACAAGGCGGACGUGUUUGAAGAAGUUGCCCACUUUAUCCAGGGACGUACUAUGCUGCAGCAGUUCUACGACGUGCUGGGACGCAUCGCUGUUGGAGAUUUACGCUACAGACGCAACGUUCCUUGGUUUAAAACACAACCAGCUACGCAGGUUGUAAAGAGUGUGUGGAAGCAGGCCUUGCAUCUGAAGUUCUCCGAGUCGAACGGGGCUACGUGGACUCAGGAGAAAGGGAUUCCAUUCUUAAACGAAGCUAUGCGUCAGCUGUUCCGUGAGGAAUAUGUGCUGCCUAGAUACUUCUUCAACUCGAGGCCUCGAACGCAGCUGCGGUUGCAUGCCCAUACAAAAGAGCGUUAUUUUAGUGUUCCCAGGGGCUCGCCUCUCUCUUUAAGUCUCGGCCUGGAGGUAAUUAAUCUACCAGCAGGUUUUGCGCUGAAGAGGUUGUCUUGCAUCCUCGCGCUUUCCGGUUCUACGCAGCAUGUCUCGAAUUUUACUCGUGACACCAAAGACCAUGUCCUUCUGAAAUGGCUGGCUGGUCGAGACAACGUGUCAGAGUCAGAGAAUACUUUAGCGUUCAUUUCUUCGUCUCUGGAAGGCGAGCAGACCCAGGGGUUGUGUUCGUGUACUAUAGAUGUCUCGAAUCUUUCGCCAGGAGUUUACCAAGUAUCAUCACGCUUAUGCGUCUGCACAGACAAAAGAGGUGUACAGUGGAUGCUGAAGGGACCGCGCUUCGAUCAAAAGUUAAAAGUUGUAUAGCUACAAGCGCCAACGUUUUGCAGUCGAAAGCAAAAAUACGAGUUUUCACUGAAGAGAGCUGAUUGUUCUCAUUUUCAAAUGACGCGCUUCCAGCUAUUUUGAUU